UGUGUCUUUUUCCAGGUGCGGGACGUUCGGAUCAUCUCGGACCGGAAUUCCCGGCGUUCCAAAGGCAUCGCCUACGUGGAAUUCUGUGAGAUCCAAUCGGUGCCCUUGGCCAUCGGCCUCACGGGCCAGCGCCUCCUGGGCGUGCCCAUCAUCGUCCAGGCCUCCCAGGCGGAGAAGAACCGUCUGGCAGCCAUGGCAGCCCCUCUCCAGAAGGGCUCUGGGGGCCCCCUGAGGCUCUACGUGGGCGCCCUGCACUGCAACAUCACCAAGGAGAUGCUCCGGGGCAUCUUCGAGCCUUUUGGGAAGGUAAAAAAACUGGGAAAUUUUGGGAUUUGGGGGGUCUGGGAGGGUCUUGGGACAUUUGGGAUUUUU